AUGGGUCUUGAGGGCACCUUACCAUCACAAAUUGGAAAUCUGUCUUUCCUAGAAAAACUUAAAUUACAAAGCAACAACUUUCAUUGUGGGCUGCCAAAAGAGUUGCUUCAAUUGCACAAAUUGGAAAUUCUAAACUUGAGUUAUAAUGCACUUAGUGGAGAAAUUCCAACUUGGAUUGGAAGCUUGUUUAUGCUUCAACACUUGAGUCUUGGCAAUAAUAGUUUUGGAGGUCUCAUUCCUCCAAGCAUAUCCAAUUUGUCUAAGUUGGAGACAUUGGAUUUGAAGUCUAAUUCUAUCAACGGAUCUAUUCCAUUGGAUAUUGGAAGACUACAACACCUGAAAGUUUUAUGCAUUUCUAGAAACAUGCUUUCAGGAAGUAUACCUCCAUCUAGCUCUAUCUUAUCAUCACUUGAACACAUUUCUUUGUCUCUCAACUUCUUAGAAGCAAUAUCCUCCAAGGUUCAUUGCCCACCCCAAACUAGUCCAGAUCCAUAUUCUAUGGACCUUACGGUGGAAGAUAGGUACCAAUGGGAUGACCUCUUUGUGGUUGCUUUAAUUAUUGCUUUUUGUCACCCCGAAGGAUUCGAACACUUGUCCUUGAGAGUGCCUUGA